AUGAAGUUAGACGCCAUUUUGGCAGCUUUGUUUGGGUAUGUAUCUCUCAACAAUGUUUGGGAAGAACUUUUAAUUAAACUUCUUUCUGCUACCACCGUGCAAAGAGAAGAAAUUGCAAAAAUGAAAGAUGAUGAAAUAGCCAAGAGAAUUUAUCUUCUACAGCAAGAACAUAGAUCCUCGGAAGUUUUCGGAAGGAUGAAAGAAAUAGGAAAGAAGAUGCUUCAACAUUGUGCCGGGUUGCCAUCAGCUGUCAUUGUGAUUGCAGGACUCCUUGCUAGAAAGGAUACAAUUGAAGAGUGGGAUACAGUGCUUAACAAUGUUUAUGCAUACAUAAGAAGAGGCAUUUUCCCGGAAGAUUUUGAGAUACCAGUGAAAAGAUUGACUCCACUGUGGAUGGCAGAAGUUUUUAUAUCUAUGCCACUACAACAAACACAAGGUUUAGUAGAAACAAUGGAGGACAUAGCAUACAACUACUUAAAUGAACUGGUGGACAGGUGUGUGGUUCAAAUUGGGGAACAGGGUUCUGUUAGAAAGAUCAAGUCUUGUCGUCUUCACGAUCUUAUGCGGGACUUGUGUUUGAUAAAGUCAGAAGAGGAGGGCUUUCUCCGAAAUGUCAAAUCACUGCACAGAAGUGAGACUAUGUAUUCUCCUCCUUCUCUGAUGAUAGCCAAGGUCGGAUAUGUUACCAAAUGUAUUUUGGAAGAUGGUGCAACUGAGGCAUUUACUUUAAAUUAUGUUUCGAGUCGCUGUUGUGAGUUGAAUGAUCUUGCUGGAUUAACCAGUCUCAGAAAACUGGCCAUACAAUUGGCAAGCCCCUUGAAAAAUUUGGAGGAAACCUUGAAAGGUAUAAGCAACACACUCAAUGGCAUUCGAUCUCUAUAUGUGCACAACUUACUUGGAACUGACAGUGGCACGGAGGUAACACAAAUAGUAUUCAGUUGUCGUCAUGUGUACAAGCUGAAAUUGAAUGGUCGAACAGUAGAGUUACCUGGAGACCUUCAGCACUUUCCAAACUUCACUAAGUUAUCUCUGUGCCGGUGUGAUCUCAACGACAACCAAAUGGCGGUACUAGCGAAGUUGCCAAAUUUGAAAAUCCUAUGCCUAAUGGAAGAAACUUUUGAGAGUUCAAUUUCGGACACACUGGUUUUCUCCAACGAAGGCUUUCGUCGUCUUGAAUGUCUUUCCCUUAUUUCUAUGUAUGAGUUAAAGGACUUGAAGGUGGAAAGAGGAGCCAUGCCGAGCCUCCGCCGAUUGUUCAUACAAGCUUGCUACAGAUUGACCGAAGUUCCAAACGGGCUGAGGUAUCUUACUACGCUCAGGGAGUUGAGCUUCGUAAGGAUGUCUACGACAUUUCGUAACAGGCUUCAGGUAGGAGGAGAGGAUUUCGAUAAAGUCCAACUCGUGCCUUCCGUUGUAUUUGCCAACAUGGUGGACAGUUCUGAAGUCGCGAAAUUCCAAUCACGACAGCGGAGAUCGCAUUCUGCCCAAGACUCUCCUGGAAAAAACAAGAAAAAAUAG